AUGUCAUCUUUAAAGUCCACAAAAAGAAUAUAUACUUCUUUAACUAAAUUACAAUCAAUUGAAGAUAAUAGUAUUUAUACCACUUUUAAAUGUUCACAUCAAGUUAAAGUUUUCCUAGUUAAUGAGGUAUUAAAAAUUUAG